UUGGGUGAACUAAUUUAUCGGAUGGUAAGGUAGGGUGGGCAGCAACCUGGGAAGGGUAUAAAAGGCGGCCCGCGGCGAGCCCGGCCCGCGCACUCGGAGCUCCCGAGGGGCCGGACUGGACCCGCUGCCCCGCCAUGGGCUUCUACGCCCUGGUCGCUAGCGCCCUGUGCACCUUCCUGCUGCCCCUGCUGCUCUUCCUGGCCGCCGUCCGGCUCUGGGACCUGUACUGCGCUAGCGGCCGCGACCCCAGCUGUCCGCUGCCGCUACCCCCGGGCACCAUGGGACUCCCCUUCUUCGGGGAGACGCUGCAGAUGGUGCUGCAGCGGCGGAAAUUCCUGCAGAUGAAGCGCAGGAAAUACGGCUUCAUCUACAAGACUCACCUCUUUGGGCGGCCCACAGUGCGGGUGAUGGGCGCUGAGAACGUACGGCACAUUCUGCUGGGCGAGCACCGCCUGGUCUCUGUGCAGUGGCCCGCCUCAGUGCGCACCAUCCUGGGCUCGGGCUGCCUCUCCAACCUUCACAACGGGCAGCACAAACACCGCAAAAAGGUGAUCAUGCGGGCCUUCUCCCGGGACGCUCUGCAGCACUAUGUGCCCGUCAUUCAAGAGGAGGUGAAUGCCUGCUUGGCACAGUGGCUGGGCGCCGGGCCCUGCCUGCUGGUGUACCCGGAGGUGAAGCGCCUCAUGUUCCGCAUUGCCAUGCGCAUCCUGCUGGGCUUCCAGCCCCGCCAGGCCGGCCCCGACGGUGAGCAGCAGCUGGUGGAGGCCUUUGAGGAGAUGAUCCGCAACCUCUUCUCUCUCCCCAUCGAUGUGCCUUUCAGUGGGCUUUACCGGGGUCUGAGGGCACGCAACAUCAUCCAUGCCAAGAUUGAGGAGAACAUCCGUGCCAAGAUGGCCCGCAAGGAGCCUGAGGGUGGCUACAAGGACGCACUGCAGCUGCUGAUGGAGCACACACAGGGUAAUGGAGAGCAACUCAACAUGCAGGAGCUGAAAGAGUCUGCCACAGAGCUGCUUUUUGGGGGCCAUGAAACCACUGCCAGUGCUGCCACGUCGCUGAUUGCCUUCCUGGGGCUCCACCAUGAUGUUCUGCAGAAAGUGAGGAAGGAGCUGCAAGUAAAGGGGUUACUGUCUGGUCCCAACCAAGAGAAGCAAUUAGACAUGGAGGUCUUGGAGCAGCUGAAGUACACAGGCUGUGUUAUCAAGGAGACCCUCAGGCUGAGCCCUCCUGUUCCUGGAGGAUUCCGAAUUGCACUCAAGACACUUGAGCUGAAUGGUUACCAGAUCCCCAAAGGCUGGAAUGUUAUUUACAGUAUCUGUGAUACCCACGAUGUGGCCGAUCUCUUUACCGACAAGGACGAGUUUAAUCCCGACCGCUUCAUGUCUCCAUCUCCAGAGGACUCCUCUAGGUUCAGCUUCAUCCCUUUCGGUGGGGGCUUGAGGAGCUGCGUAGGCAAAGAGUUUGCAAAAGUCCUUCUAAAAAUAUUUACGGUGGAGCUGGCACGGAGCUGUGACUGGCAGCUGCUAAAUGGACCUCCUACAAUGAAAACGGGCCCCAUAGUGUACCCUGUGGACAAUCUGCCUGCCAAAUUCAUAGGUUUCAGCGGCCAAAUCUGAGUGCUCAACGCUCACCUCCGGCUGGAUUUCUGUAUAACAUCUCAUAUGUACAUAGUAACUUUUUAUAGUAACAACAGCCUUUAAAUAUUUAAACUUGUAAAUGUACAGUAGUUAUUUAUGUCUAAGUAUUUCAAAAGGCUGUGAUGUUUUUCCUCAAGCACUACAAUUAUGGGUCGCUGAUUCAUAAUUAGAUAAUUUUAUUUCUAUAGAAAUAAGUUUUCCCCUAUUUAAAAAUCUUACUUCAAGCUGGCCAGAUACGUGUUUGACAAGACAUUUCACCAUGGUGUAUGCAUUCAAAAAUAUUCUCUAAAGGCAUUUGAAACAAUGGCAACUAGCUAUCAUCCAAAUUAUCUAAAUCAUUAUGGUUUGAGCUUUUCAGUAUUAUUUGUGUCUAGACUUCAUGUUUAAUGUGUGAAUUUUAAGUUUGAUAAUAAAGUUUAUUUUUGAAGA